UCCAACAGUGUUGCCCUCUCCCCGUGUGAGUGUGAAAUGUUCGCGUUAGUUUUUUGCUCUUUCGGUCAGUUCGUGCCUCUGUGUGACGCGUGCUGCAGCCCGGUGUCGCGCCGCUCUGCACGAUGAUCUGCACACACUAACGGGACUGUCAGCCUGAGUCCGAUCUGCGGGCCUGAUGUAGCAGGUUGUCAUCUCCUCUGCGAUGAAGGAAAUCCACUCCAGCGUCGUGACUAUGGACUGAAGGUAAUCCAGAGUGAGUCACGCUGACAGUUGGGCUGAUGACCAGCAGGGCUACUGGUUCCUGAAUCAAAGAUGCAUGCUCCCAAUUUGGAUUCAUCCCUCUGACUGCCACUCAGCCGAUCCGACCCUCCACCAGACAGUCCCAUCUCCACCUCCACUGUUCUCUACUGUACUCUGCUGUUGUCUAGUCUUCUGUCCUCCAGCCAUUGUCCUGGUCUGACCCUCUGCAUGUCUCACUGAGAGAGAGGGACGUGUUUGCUGACUGUUUGAUGGGACAAUUCCUCCCCUGCUAUUCAUGAGAGGUCAGCGGGGCCACAUGCAGCAGGGGGAUGACACUCAAAGGGAGCCAGAGGGGGUGGGCCCCAGUUCAGGUCCUGGAGCUAGAGGAGAGGCAGGGGGGUCACCAGGCCCGGGGUUGAAGAGGGCCUCAUCCAAGUCAGAGCCCCCCUCUUUGAGUAAGAUGAGCCAAAACGCCAGGGAGAGCAUGGGGGUUCUUGGCCAGGGACUGAAACAGCUGUUCCAGCAUCAGCGUAGACGCCUCUCCCUCUCUCGCUCCACCAUCCCCUCUUCGUCUUCCUCCUCGUCUUCCUCCGUGGUGUCAGCAGGUGGCUCCUCCCCCUCUGCCCCGGAGGAUGCCUCGGGGCCCUGCUGUGCUGAAUCUGACCACCUAUCUGCUCCUGUGGUUCCCUCCGCAGCUGGCCGGGGCUCAGGCGCCGCGGGCACCAUGAGGCGCGGCACCAGCCUGCAGAGCCGCCGCAGCAAAGGGUCCGGGUCGGGAUCGGGGAGCGGAGACCGCGAUCCCCUCCUGAGAGGGAGCCCCAAGGCCCCGCACCGCCGCAACACCCACGACCCGCAGCAUCACACCAGCCGCCCUCGCUCCUCCUCCGCCAAUGACGACGCGCCCAGCAGCCCCACUAUCGGAUACAGCGGAGGCGACGUGGUGCUGUCGUCGGGGUACCAGUCCACGGAGGAGACGGACAGGAUCGACCGGCUAGAGGUGAGCGGACUCGGCCAAACACCCCUGGCUGUGUCGUGCGGGGCGGACGGUUCGUUCCAGGGAGCCGAGGACAGCACCCCCGACCCUCAGCGCACGAAGCUGGCCAUCGCCCAGCUGCAGCAGAAAAUCCUCAAGCUCACCGAGCAGAUCAAGAUCGAGCAGACGGCCCGGGACGACAACGUGGCCGAGUACCUCAAACUGGCCAACAAUGCUGACAAACAGCAAAGCACACGCAUCAAACAGGUUUUUGAGAAAAAGAACCAGAAGUCUGCGCAGAGCAUCCAGCAGCUGCAGAGGAAACUGGAACACUACCACCGGAAGCUACUGGAAGUGGAGCACAACGGUAUCCCGCGCCAGCCUAAGGAUGUCCUGCGGGACAUGCAGCAGGGCCUGAAGGACGUCGGAGCAAAAGUCACGGGCUUCAGCGAAGGCGUGGUGGACAGCGUGAAGGGAGGCCUCUCCAGCUUCUCCCACGCCACACACUCUGCCGCCGGGGCCGUCGUCUCCAAACCCCGGGAGAUCGCGUCGCUGAUUCGCAACAAAUUCAGCAGCACGGAAAACAUCCCCUCGCUCAAAGACUCUCUGGACGACCCCUCGGUGGAGGAAGGCGUGACGGGGGCCGGCGGACGUUCGCUGGGCAGCGCCGGGCCCCUCCUCCAGCCGGGUCCCAGGUACGGCAGCGAGGACGACUGCUCGAGCGCCACUUCGGGUUCGGCGGGGGCCAACAGCACCACGGGGGCCCCCGGAGGUCCCCCGAGUUCAAAGGGCAACACACUGGAGAGGAGCCAGAGCUCGAGUCUGGACAUGCUGCUUCAGGAGGUGCAGGAGCUGAGGGAGGGCCAGGCGAGGCUAGAGGAGAACCUGGAGGGUUUGAAGAGCCACUAUCAGAGAGACUACACGGUUGUUAUGCAGGCACUGCAGGAGGAACGCUUCAGGUGUGAACGUCUGGAGGAGCAGCUGAACGACUUGACAGAACUUCACCAGAACGAGAUCCUCAACCUGAAGCAGGAGCUGGCCAGCAUGGAGGAGAAGAUCGCCUACCAGUCCUACGAGAGAGCCAGAGACAUUCAGGAGGCACUGGAGGCGUGUCAGACCCGGAUCUCUAAGAUGGAGCUCCAGCAGCAGCAACAGCAGGUCGUCCAGUUGGAGGGGCUGGAAAACGCCACGGCCCGCACCCUCCUGGGAAAACUCAUCAACGUGCUGCUCGCCCUCAUGGCCGUCCUCCUGGUCUUCGUCUCAACCGUGGCCAACUGCGUGGUCCCGCUGAUGAAGACGCGGUCGCGAUCCCUCUCCACCCUCCUCCUCAUCCUCCUGCUGGCCUUCCUGUGGAGGAACUGGGACGCCCUCUCGGGGUUCACGCACCGCGCCCUGCAGCCACCUGGAUGACUCGGAUCCGGGGGGAAAAAGCAAGCAACGUGUUGCUUUGUUGACACCAGAUGAUGUAACUUUAGCUGCAAUCGUGCAGGAAGUUUAAAGAACGCGGACGCCGUUAGAAUGGCUGCUCGGCCGGGCACUGAAAAAAAAAAA